AUGGCUGACACUAAGCCGCUCAUCCACCAACGCGGCCAGGUGAAGGGCAAAGUGACAGCAAUCUCCCACGCUCUCGAGAAAGCCGAAGAUGACAAACAGGAUCGUCCCACGGUCGUGCCAAAUAUGGCUUCGAUGUCCAGUCAAACCUCCAGUGAAAGUGUGCAGUCCGCCACCGUUUCUUCGUCGUACUCUCUCGCCAAUUCAGCCGUUCUGCCGAACGUACUGCUUUUAACUGCACAAGUGAAUCUCGUUGACUGCAAUGGGCAGUUCGUCCCGUGUCGUGCUUUCCUGGACUGCGGUGCGCAGGUCAAUCUUUUGUCGUUGCCCAUGUAUGAGAAGCUCGGUUUCCAGGGAAAGUCAGUGGAUGUGAGAAUUUUCGGUGUGAGCGAUACUCAGAGUAAAUCCAAUCGUUUCGUGACAGUGGACAUGCAAUCCAUGUACAGUGACUUCCGUUUGUCCCUCAAUUGUUUUGUUACCCCGAAGAUCACCGGUCUUCUUCCAUGCAAACCGAUUAAUGUGUCUGAUUUGAAACUUCCUUGCGGUUUUCAAUUGGCUGAUCCCAACUUUCACCGUCCUUCCGAGGUUGACCUGCUUAUUGGUAACCAACAUUUCUUCAAAUUGUUGAAACCGGGUAGCGUAGUUAUUUCCAGAGGUUUGCCAGAAUUCCGCGAAACCUAUCUCGGUUGGGUCGCAUCAGGAGAGGUCGUGACGGACUCAGAUGCAGUUGCUAAUUAUCAGCAGGUCCAUUCGGUGUCGCUCGCCUCGCUUGAUAGAACCAUCAAGCAGUUUUGGGAAGUAGAGGAAGUAGAAGUAAAACGCUCACGAUUUGAGGACGAUGAGCAAUGCGAAGAAUCGUUUCGCCAGAAUCAUCGCCGUGACAGCACUGGACGAUACAUUGUUAAGCUUCCCUUGAAGGAGAAUUCCACUCAGUUGCAAAGUAAUCGGUCGUUAGCUCUCCGCCGUUUCCAUUUGUUGGAAAGACGACUCAACAAGGAUCCGGACCUCCGUCUUCAGUAUUCAAACUUCAUUCGUGAGUAUGAGUCGUUGGGUCAUUGCAAAGAGGUGUUCGAAUUUGAUGAUCCCCCAAACUUACUGAAGUACUACAUGCCUCACCAUGCCGUGCUCAGGCCGGACAGCUUAAGCACAAAGUCGGCCCCACAGUUCAGAGUGACCUGA